CGACACGCUUGCGGUUGGAGCUUCACGGGGUUUUCUGCGCUGUCUGAAGAACAGACAACAGGGCUGGAAGGGGGGCUGGAGUUGGGAAGGCUUUGUGCCACCUGUCAAAUCUGCAUUCAAAUCUUCAAGUUUCCAUGGCGGAAGCGUCGGUCCAUAUUCCAGAUCUCAGUGCCACUUCCACUGUCCCUUUCACGGAAGAAUAUGCAGGCGCGUUUGGGUUUCAGCUGGAUUUGGAAGGAAUAUCAGAACUCCCUGAUGUUUGGUACUCAGAAGAACUCAACAAGGUGUACUGUUGCCGAUGUGUCUCCUUCCCAGUCCUCAUGAAUGUGUCCUUUCCAUUGCCUUCUGGCUCCAUCAUCCGUGCCAUGGCUGUGUUCAGGGACCCUGAGUAUGCAGGAGAGGUAGUCACAUGCUGCCCCCAUCAUGAGCAACUCCUAAGAGACAGCAGUGAUGUGGACCAUGCUGAGCACCUAAUCCAGGUGGAAGGGAAUGAACAAGCCCAGUAUUUUUCCAACCUAGAGACCAAGCGACAUAGCGUUACUGUUCCUUUUGAGGAGUUCAGUAAAAGCACCACUGUUUGGUACAAGUUCAUGUGCUAUACAAGCUGUUUUGUUAACAUGAACCGGCGUUCCAUUUUAACCAUCAUUACACUGGAGUCUCCACGAGGACAGGUUCUUGGACGACGGUGCUUUGAAGUUGAAAUAUACCCUAAAGAUGAGCUGCCUUGCCCAAAAUUCGAGGAAACUUUCACAAUUAAUACUUCCAGCCAGGAAGAAAAGAUCCAUCACUUGAAGCAGGAAGAGUUUGAAGAAUUGGGUAAUUUUAGAAUCAUGCACUGUUAGGGAGAAGUAGUAGAAAUGAUCAGAGGGCUGGGGAGGCCACAAAUGGGGAGAUAUGAAAAAAACUGGAUGGGAAGGAAGUUCCUUAUUUCAGCCUUGGGGCUGCUCUACUUUCCCUCUUUUUUGGAGGUGUGCCCACGUGUAAAGAAAAGGGGGACUUUGAUCACGUGGUUGCAGCUGCCAUCUUAACUCCCCACCACCACCGCCACAGAUGACCCUGGCUAUCAGGAUCACUUUGGCACCAGCUCCUAACCCAGGUGCUCAGCAGACCUAAUCAGGUGGGGCAAUUUGCUAAGUCUGACCAAACAUUCAGAAAGCCACUAAGUGACAACAAAAAGAGUUUUCCGUAUCUCUUCUGCUGCCAUGCCUAGAGGUCAUCAGAAUGUUUGUAGCUCAAGCCCAAAUA